CUAGACAUGGAACAGAUGAAAGAAAGAUUCACGACGCUGCUUCUCGGAGAAGAUAUGUCGGGUCGUGGCAGAGGGAUUUCAUCCGCUUUGGCUUUAUCGAAUGCAAUUACAAAUCUUGCUGCUUCUGUCUUUGGAAAACAAAGUAAACUGGCUCCAAUUCCACCAGAUGCAAAAAACAGAUGGCGAAAACAAGUCGAUUGGCUCCUCUCCGCCACUGAUUACAUCGUUGAGUUCCUUCCAUCUCAACAGAAAGCCAACGAUGGAUCAAAUAUAGAGAUUAUGGUGACACAACAACGAACAGAUCUGCUCAUCAAUAUCCCUGCUUUAAAGAAGCUUGAUGCAAUGCUCAUUGGUUGUCUAGAAAGCUUCAAGGAUCACAAGGAAUUCUGGUAUGUUUACAAGGAUGCAGAUGAAUCUGAAAAAUGGUGGCUACCUAUUGUCAAGGUUCUUCCAGGAGGGCUCUCAGAUGAAUCAAGAAAAUGGAUGCAACAUCAAAAGGACUGCUGUACCCAAGUUCUUAAAGCUUCCAUGGCCAUCAACGCUCAAAUUCUAUCGGAAAUGGAGAUCCCAGAGACCUACAUAGAUAACCUCCCCAAGAAUGGUAAAACUAGCCUGGGAGAUUCAAUCUACAAGACCAUUACGGAUGAGUUUUUCGAUCCUGGAGAAAUCCUAGCGACCAUGGACAUGUCAUCAGAUGAAAAUGUGCUCGACCUCAAGAACAGAAUGGAAGCUUCAAUCGUCAUAUGGAAGAGAAAGAUGAAUCAAAAGGAGGCAAAGUCUUCUUGGAUAAGUGUGGAAAGGAGAGAACUCUUUGAAGAGAGGGUGGAAACUAUUUUAGUACUCCUGGAACAGAGAUUCCCCGGACUUCCUCGAUCGUCUCUAGAAAUUAGCAAAAUUGAGUACAACAGAGAUGUCGGUCACUCUAUACUUGAGAGUUAUUCAAGAGUGUUAAAGAGUUUGGCAAACAGAGUGAUGAAUCUCAUAGAAGAUGUACUCUAUGCAGAUGAAGUGGCACAGAAUCCAUCAUCCGGGAUGACCAAGAAGAACCAAUCAAUGGAUUCUGUAGUAGCAUCACCACGGGCCAUAAGGGCCCUUGAUCAAACCCCAGGCCACACUCCUAGAGGAAUACCUAGGUCAAUGACACUAUCAGGUUCUAUGGGGCGGGGUCUGGAUCAAGGAGAAAUGGAGACAAAUGGCAACUCUAAUGCUGACUUGAUGGAGAUUAGAAUCAAACCUGCUAAAAUUUUGACAAAAGCAAAGAUGUCAUACCUUGAGAAGCUUGAGGCUUAUGGAUUACGAAGCCCAACAGCCCGACAUUAA